GUGGCGGUCGUGAGGAUGAAGGGGACGGAGGAGGUCUACGCCAUGAAGGUGCUGCACAAAAGGAAGAUGCUGGAGCGGGCAGAGACCGCUUGCUUCCGGGAGGAGCGUGACGUGCUGGUUCACGGGGACAGACAAUGGAUCACAACCUUGCACUACGCUUUCCAGGACGAUCACUAUCUGUACCUCGUCAUGGACUACUAUGCAGGGGGAGACCUGCUUACGCUCCUCAGCAAGUUCGAGGACCGCCUGCCCGAGGACAUGGCCUGCUUCUACUUGGCCGAGAUGGUCAUGGCCAUUGACUCUCUCCACCGGCUCCAGUACGUCCACAGGGACAUCAAGCCGGACAACAUCCUCCUCGACACCAAUGGGCACAUCCGCCUGGCUGACUUCGGGUCGUGCCUGCGCCUGCGUCCGGAUGGCACGGUGGAGUCUUCGGUAGCUGUUGGGACCCCCGACUACAUUUCUCCAGAGAUCCUGCAAGCCAUGGAGGACAGAAAGGGCAAAUACGGCCCAGAGUGCGACUGGUGGUCGCUGGGGGUCUGCAUGUAUGAGCUGCUUUUCGGGGAGACCCCCUUCUACGCGGAAUCCCUGGUGGAGACCUACGGGAAGAUCAUGAACCACGAGGACCACCUGCAGUUCCCGCCGGAGAUCACGGACGUCUCGGACAGCGCCAAGGGCCUCAUCCAGGGGCUGCUGUGCCGGCAGGAGCUGCGCCUGGGCCAGAACGGCAUCGAGGACUUCAGGCGGCACCCCUUCUUCCAGGGCAUCGACUGGGACCACAUCCGGCAAAGCACCCCCCCCUUCCUGCCCGAGGUGGCCAGCCCGGCGGACACCUCCAACUUCGACGUGGGUGACGACGUGCUCAGCGAAUCGGAGAUGCUCCCACCUGUGUCGCAUGCCGCCUUCUCCGGUCACCACUUACCUUUCGUUGGAUUUACCUUCACUUCGGGGAUCCCCUGCCCCGAGAAGGCCCCCGCCUCCCCCUCCGACAACUCCGGCACCGCGCGGCUUGAGAAGCGGAUCCGCCUCCUGGAACGGGAGAAGCUGGAGCUGAGCCGCAAGCUGCAAGAUGCCCUGGCGAGACCCCCUUCCCAGACUGCGCCCAAGGACGCGGAGAGCAAGGCGGCCGCCCCGCGGAAGCAGGCGCUGGAGAACCAGCUGGAGAGCGACAAGAUGCAAAAGCUGCACCUGGACAGAGCCGCCUCGGGCCAAGUGAAGUCCCUGGAGGAGCGUGUGAAGUCUCUGACGCAGGAGAAGAGCGAAGCUCUCCAGGAGCUGGCCCGGGUGCAGGAGCAGCUUCAGGCACAGGCCUGGGAGCUGCAGGAGGAGCAGCACCGCCAGAAGGAGACGGCCGAGGAGCUGCAGAGCGCGGAGGCCAAGUGCGGAGAGCUGCAGGCGCAGCUGCUGCGCCAUUCCCGGCUGCUGCGCGAGCGGCUGGAGGAGACGGAGGCCGCGGCCCGGCGGGUGGAGGGCCUGCGCAAGGAACUGGCCCGCACCGAGGGCGGGCGCAAGGAGCUGGAGGCCCGGAUGGAGGGGCUCGUGGGCGAGGUGUCCAAGCAGCGGAAAGGGAGGGAGCGAGCCGAGCAGCAGCUGAAGAGGUGCCGGCAGGAGCUGGAGGAGCUCAGGGUGAGGCAGAACGCCGGCCUCUUCCGCGCCUCCGGCUCCAGGCGCGGGGCCGACGCCACCUGUUCGCCCAAGGAGGAGUUGCGCGGCCUGCGGGAGGCGCUGCAGCUGAGGGAGAGGCAGUUGGCGGCGCUGCAGGCGCAGGUGUCCCGGCUGCAGGAGCAGCCGCAGGAGGCCAAGACGGGGAGAUGGGAAAGCCCGGAUCUGAAGGAGCAGGACAAGAGACCGGGCAGUCUGCCGCCUCCUGACAGCCGCAGGGCUCUGCUUCUUGGGGACCAGCAGGUGGACUGGCCUGGCCCGGCCAGCCCGCCCCCGGAGCGGGAGCCGGGCGCCCCGGACACCGACAAGGCGGCGUCGGCCCCCCACUGGGAGAUGCAGAUCGCCAACAUCCUGCAGUGGGUGAGCGACGAAAAAGAGUCCAGGGACUACCUGCAGGCUGUGGCCGCCCGCAUGUCGGAGGAAGUGGAGGCGCUGAAGCAGACGGGCGUGCAGAGUCCUGGGCCGAAAACUCCGGACUCCCUCUGGAAGGCUCGGCGGCUGCAGAAGGUGGACGCUUCGGCCCGGCUGGAGCUGCAGUCGGCCCUGGAGGCCGAGAUCCGGGCCAAGCAGGGCGUUCAGGAGGAGCUCGACAAGCUGAAGGUGGCGCACCUGGCUGUGGAGCGCCAGCUGCAAGAGGCCGAGAAGCAGAACCGGAUGCUGCGGGUGGAACUGGAGAAGGUCAAGGGGGAGCUGAAGGCCCGGUCGCUGGAAGGUGUCAAGCACCAGGGACCCCUGAUUCCUUUCCUCUCCUUCCGGAGUACCAGUAAGGACACGAUUGCCUUUGGGGGCUCCUCGGACCCCCAGGAGGCGCGAAGGACCACAGGCGAGGCCCAGCUGCACCCUGAGGGGAGGAGAAGCCUCCGGGCCAGCCCCAAAUCGCACAGCUUCAAAAUCCAGAGCUUCUCCAGCCCCACCAAGUGUAUGCGCUGCGCAUCGCUCCUCGUGGGCCUCGUCCGGCAAGGGUUGGCUUGCGAGGCCUGCGGCUUCGUCUGCCACGUCUCCUGCGUGGGGGAAGCCACCACCUGCCCCACGCCCUCGGAGCAGCUCCAGACGACGCUCGGGGUGAACCCCACCUUUGACGGCUUCCUCUCGGUGCCCAAACCUUCCGGCGUGAAGAAAGGCUGGCAGAGGGCUUUUGCCAUCGUCAGCGACUUCAAGAUUUUCCUGUUCGAUGUUCCAGAGGGAAAGCUAUCCCAGUGCGAUGUGGGUGUCAUGCAUGUCACAGACAUGAGGGACGAGCAGUUUUCCGUAGCUCCGGUACUGGCCUCCGAUGUCAUCCAUGCCAGCAGCAAAGACGUCCCUUGCAUCUUCCGGGUGACAGCUUCCCAGCUCCACUCUCCGCACACGACCAGCUCCAUGUUGUUCCUCGCGGACAGCGAAGCCGAGAUGAGGAAGUGGGUGCAGGUGCUGACGGAACUGCACCGCGUCCUGAAGGAGAGCCGGCAGCACGACCGCGCAGUCUACAUCCUCAAGGAAGCGUACGACAACGGGCUGCCCCUGGUCCCUCACGCGCUCGCGGCAGCCAUCAUAGACCGCGAGCGGAUUGCCCUGGGAACGGAGGACGGCCUGUUUUUGAUUAAUCUCCAGACAAAUGACGUGCUGCAGGUGGGCGACUGCCGGCGGGUGCAGCUGCUGCUGGUGUCGCCCCAGGCCCAGCUGCUGGCCGUGCUCUGCGGGAAGAACCACAGCGUGCGCCUCUUCUCCUGGGCGGAGCUGGAGACGCCGGAGGCCCCCGGGAGCAAGGUGGCGGAAGCCAAGGGCUGCCAGGCCGUGGCCGUGGGGCUCAUCUGCCGCGGCACGACCCCCGUGCUCUGCGUGGCCUGCAAGCACCAGGUGCUCUGCUUCCAGCUCACGGCCACCCGGCCCCCGCAUCGGCGCAUCCGGGAGAUCCAGGCCCCGGGCUACGUGCAGUGCCUGGACGUCCUGGGGGACCGGCUCUGCGUGGGCUACCCGUCCGGCUUCUCGCUCUACCCGCUGCUCAACGAGGGGCCCCCGGUCUGCCUGCCCCACCCCGAGGACCCCCGGGCGAAGGCCACGCGCCAGAUGGAGGCCCUGAAGGCGGUGGAGGUCAGCCUGAACGAGCUGAUCCUGUGCUUCAGCGGCUUCGGCUUCUACGUGGACGGGCAGGGGCGCAGCAGCCGGCCCCAGGAGCUGAUGUGGCCGGCGCCCCCGCUCAGCUGCUGCUACACUGCGCCGUAUCUGUCCGUGUUCAGCGAGAACGCGGUGGACGUGUUCAACGUGCGGAAAGCCGAAUGGAUCCAGACCAUCCCUCUGAAAAAGGUCCGGGCGCUGAACCCCGAGGGCUCUCUCUGCACCUUCGGGAGUGAGAAGGUCCGACUGACAUACCUCCGAAACAAGGCGGCAGACCAGGACGAGUUCGACGUCCCCCAGACGACAGACAACAGCCGCCGGCACCUCGUGAGGACGCGGCACAAGCGCCGCUUCUCCUUCCGGAUCUCCGAGGAGGAGCGGCAGCAGCAGCGGAGGGAGAUGAUGCGCAACCCGGCCCUCCGCUCCAAGCUCAUCUCGGGCCCCAGCAACUUCAACCACGUGGUGCACGUGGGGCUGAGCGAGAAGCAGCACCGGCUGCAGGAGCUGCCCGUGGCGCAGGAGGAGAAGCGGCAGGAGGCCCACGCACGGAUGCGAUGCAGCAGCCUGUCGGAGACCCGGCGGCCCCCGUCCACGGGCAGCGGUGGCGAGACCCCGGGGGCGCCCCUCUCCACCUCCUCCUCCUUGAAGCACAGGUCGGGCGGCGCCCCCCCUGAGGACGCCGCCACUUCUCGGCAGGGCCCCUUUCCCGGUGCCGGGACGCCGGCAGAGCCCCUUCAGAGCAUCUCCCUCUCGCUGCAGGUCAUGGACCGGAGUCUGGACAGCGCCAGCUGA